AUGAAUUCUCAUUCAACUUCGCCUUUGCUCAUUGAAAACCAAACUAUCCUGCAAACAGAUAGGGAUCACAUAUUAUUAUUUUUAUUUAACGAAGAACGAACUAAUCCUGAUGACCUGAUACUGAAUGACAAUGAUAUUGAUCUCGAUAAUAUAUUGCCUGCAGUAGAUAUCGAAACACCAACAAUGCCAAAUACUUCACCAGAAAAGUAUCUAGAAGAAUGUUCAUCGGUUAAUAAAAAUGAUGAUAACAUCAAUAAAAAUAAUAAACACGAUGAUAACUUCAACAAUAAUUUGCAAAUGAAUCAAAAUGCAAUCGAUUUGGAGAAUUCCGACGUUAAUGACCCCGAUUAUGUACUAUUGCCAGAUGACGAAGAAGAUGACACUGAAAAAAUACCAACAAAAAAGAGAAGAAAAUUAGCUGAUAGAAACUGUUGGGAUAAGUACGUGAAUCAGAAAAGUGGAAUGCACGGAAAGGAAUACAUAGGAUAUACUAGGAAAAAUGGAGUAGUGAAACAUGAUUCGAAAAGAAACCAAAGACAAAUGGGCCUCAGAUGUGAAUCUACGUUUUGCAAGAGAGCAUCAAACAGACACUGUGAUGUAUUCACAGAUGACAUAAGACAACUCAUUCUUGAAAAGUUUUGGGCUAUGGAUUGGGAGCAGAAGAGAUUGUAUAUUGUUCAUAUGACUAAUUAUUCAGAAAAAAAAUAG